AUGAGGCUGAAGAUUCUGUGCAGCGCCCACAUGUGGGCGACCUUCGCUUCAGAUUUUCACUAUAAGUUUUCCGUCGGCGGAGUUCAGUUCUCUCCGGUGAUCGUUAAAAUGGGCGAUCUUCACUCAAUUGCGUACUUUAGCAACCAACAUAGCCAUCGCACUCCCCUGAGUUGGGAAAUCUACAAUCAUCAACUUCUCAACACAGACAUUUCUCACUGUUAUGGUGCAGGUAUGGAGACGAAGGAUACUCAACCAUUCUACGAUCAAUCUCUGUUAAAUUCCGAUCUCUCAUCGGGUUAUUUAGAGGAUGCGUUGUUUGAAUUCAGCUCGAAACGACGCCGCUUGAUGAUGACACCUGAUGAUCACCAUAUAACCAGUUACCAGAAUUCAACUCCUCCUUCAUAUCCGAGCUACUGGGAUUUCAAUUCCACUGAUGACUUUGACAAUUUCAGUGGGGUUAAUGUAAGCGGGAAUAACUCAACUUCAUCUUCACAAAGCAAGACUUCAAUCAACAGCCAGUUUCUCUCUGAAAAGGAAACCCUAAGUUCAUCAGAUCACGUCACUGGUGGAAUUGAGGAGCGAAAAAAGAAGGCGAUAACAAGAGUGGUGUACCCAUUUGCAUUAGUAAAGCCAGGAGGAUUUAAAGGCGAUAUGACACUGAAUGACAUUAACGAAAGAAUCCUAAUGCCACCGACGAGACCAGUUAGACAUCCGGUUGGGGAUUUUGCUUGUCGGCCGUUGGUUUCAUUAGAUGGACCUGGACUCUCCGGUAAGGAGGUGGUGGCUCUCACCAGAAUACAGACUCAUGGAAGAGGCACAAUCACCAUUAUUAGAACCAAAAAUUAA